AUGCUAGUGUCACUUGAUGCAUAUGCUUCAAAUACUGAUUUGCCUGACAUUACGGAGAGUAAGAAAACUGAGACAGACCUCGGCUGUACUCCUGAGCUAUUCGAUCAUCAGGAAAAUAGGCAAGAGCGUCAUGUCACUUUAGUGACUGAGAAAGACAUCGACCAGUAUCAGGGAGAUGAAAUACACGCUACUUCUCAUAAAAAUGAUAGUUUAUAUGGUCUGUCCCUACAAGUCUCCUACAUACCCUCAUCCACAAGAUUCUUGUACUUGGAUGAAGAGGGGAGAAGAUUCAUGUCAUACUUUGAAAGAAAAGUUUCCAAAGAACUUUCAUUUGGCAAAUUAAGUACCAACUACUUUAUUAAUACAUUUGUUACUAUAUCAGAGUAUGACGAAACUAUAAUGAAUGCAUUAGCGGCAUGGGGAGGUAUGUUUUUGAAAAGAAUAGAAAAAGAUAUAAGCUUUUCGAAAUUUAUCAACAAAGUACAGGAAUAUUUCACCAACUUAUCAAGUCAGAUGUCAUCCAAGGAAGCCAUUAUGAAUUAUCUAUGUUUAAAUUCAGUUUUGAUGGGGUUUUUCAUAUGUGCGGGAGAUACAUAUUAUUGGAAUAUCAUGUUUCAAAAUUGUGUCAGCGUGAUUGAGUCUGCUGGAGGUAUAAGCGAGAUCCUAAUCUUGUACGAUAACUCAAAUCACAUAAAGUUUUUGGUUUCUAAUCUUCAGUAUCAUGAUGUUAUGAGAUCGUCUGCCCUCAUCACAGGUACAGUGUUUCCAGUCUUAGCGUAUGAGCAGUUUUUCUCGCAUUCGCACACUGAAAAUGAGGGUCACUAUGGUCUCGACCCAAUAAUGGGUCCUCUUCGUCCUUUGUGCUUCGUGUUAGGGGACAUAAUUAACUCUAUUCUUCUUAUCAAAGAAGAGGAGAGAAUUUUUUCUGAUUGUUUGGAUAAUUUUCAAGUCGAGAAGGACUUCAAUAACGCAGACUUUUUGCAAUUGAAAAUUAAUUAUUUUGAUUUUGUUGAAAAUAUAGGAGAGAGUUUGAAAGAGAAGAUUGAAAAUUGUGCUCUCGAAAAACUUGACAUUUGCCCCAAUCAUGAGGAUUUUAAGUUUCAAGAAACAAGCUUUAGUCUAUACAAAAAUACUUGCUGGUUAUACUGGUAUCUAUAUAUCAAGAGAAUACCUCCUGUUUCAAUUGAAGUAAGGAGGCUAGUCUUUACGUCCCAGAGUUACAUUAAAGUGCUUAUUGAGUCCGGGUGCAACAUUGGAUUAUGCCUUCCCUUAAUUGUUGUUGGAAUUUCAUGCAUAUUUGAUACAGAUAGAGUGGCAAUGACAUUUCUAUUCAAGGAAAUUACUGGAAAGAGCCCUGUAAACAAUGUAAAUAAGGCAUGGACAAUUGUUCAGCAGUCAUGGUCCAUGAAUCCGAAAGGGUGCUUAUGUAUUAACUGGGGAGAUAUAUGCUGUAUGAAUGGUUGGAAGUUUUGUGCAUCAUAA